GAGUGCAUUAUGUUUGUAAUAUUAAAAUCCAUUUUUCAUUUCGGAACAUCAAAGAUGGAUCCUGUAAUUUGCUUAGGCCAAAGCCAGAUUUUUCUUUUUAUUAAUGAGUUUGGUGGGUUUGAGAAAAACCCAGAGUUUGGUGGGUUUGAGGAGCUUGAGGCGUUGGUGGAUGUGGAGAAUAUUGGGUCGCAGGGGGUGCUGGAGAAGGCUCGGUUUACAAGGGAAAGGGUUUUGAGGAAGUAUUAUAUGCUCAAGGGAAGAACAAGAGAACCCAGAUCUGGGUUUUUCUCUGUUACAAUAUAAUGCUGAAAUGGGUUUUUUUUGCUUUGGUGUCAAUUUCUUUGCUUAGCUGUCAAUUUCUGGUUUACGUGUCUUCAAGAUAAAUUGCAGGAUUAGUUUAUAAUUUGACAGAGUCCAAGUUUGUUAUUGAGUCUUUACUUAGUGGAGUAUGGUUCCUUAUUUUUA